UUACUCGUAGAAGAGCGCAAAGCGCCCCGCAGCCAGCGGCCCGAAGCGGCAGGGCGCUGGGCGCCGCUUAGUCACAUGACCCGCUCUGGAAGGCUUCUGCUUCCUGGGUGGAAGGGCUCGACUCACGGGUUUGUGUGCAUGAUUUCACAUUAACUCUGAAGGUUCUGUGACUAAUGCUAAUCCAAUGGAGUCGGAAGAAAAAGAGCUGCAGUUACCGCAAAGUAGCCCUCCGGACAGAACCUCCUGUACAGACUCGAGCGCUGUGCACCCAGAAUCGAGCGUCCUGGAGGAUCUGACGCUUGUGGACAACGCGACCAUCCAAAAACUUGCAGAUGGGUUGAUUUCCCAUUAUCUACCCGACCUACAGCAUUCAAAGCAAACACUGCAGGAGUUAACACAAAAUCAAGUGAUACUGCUUGAAACCGUGGAACAAGAAAUCGCGAAAUUCAAAGAUUGCAAUUCACUGCUUGACAUAAAUUCGCUGUUUACAGAGGCCAAGAUAUAUCAUAAUAAACUGGUCAACAUACGAAAGGAAAUGUUGGUGCUUCACGAAAGAACGACAAAGUUGAAGAAGAGGGCAUUGAAGCUUCAGCAGCAGAAACAGAGAGACGCCCUGGAGAAGGAGCAGCAGCAUGAGAAGGAGCUGGAAAGAGAGCGGCAGCUAACUGCCAAACCGGCCAAACGAACUUAAAUCACCACAAAGCGACGAAAGCGUCUUCCACGUCGUCCCUCAGAUUUCCUCAGAAGUGAAGCUCUCAAGCCUUCCAAAACGGAUGCUUCACAAUAAAAACUAAUUUGGAGGAAGGAUGCUACUGGUGCUUUAGUAUCUAUGACGACCUGCAAGCAAGCUUUUAAAAUAGAAGCCUGACAGACCAAAUUUACUUUACCUGCCAACAGUAAGUUUAAUGGAAGCUGAGAAUUGCUAUGACCAGUAGCCGUCUUGGGGAAUGUGCCGGUAUUUCUCUCGGACUGUCAUGUGUGCGGCUCAGUGUGUUUGGAUACUACGCCCAUGAUUGGGAAGUUGCCUGUUGAAAUCCCAUGACUGGCAGUGAUGUCACCACUGGGGCCCCUGAACAAGGCCCUUAACCCUCUAUGUUCCAGUGGCUGCUGACCCUGCAUUCUCGGUAGUAUGUUGCAUUGUAUAAAAGCCUAUGCUAAAUAAGUAGAUUAAAAUGUAAUUAACCCUGUGCUGCGUCUCUAACACCAUGUUCCUGCUUAUGGUACUUUGUUAGAAUGCCACAGUGUAUGUUCCUUUACCUUCCUUGUCAAAUGCGUGUGUAUAUAACCCAUGUAUAUCAUAUGAGGAAAAUAUGAUUUUGCUUUAUGUUGAAAGCUGUCAUGAUAAACACUUUUGGAAAUUGUC